CUGAAGCGCAGCAGUAGCAGCAGCAGCUCCAGUCCAUCUCUACGCUAAAACCCCACAGUGAGUCAGCUGAGCUGCGCGCAGGUCCGCUCCGAUGAAUGAAUGACAGCGAGAAGAAGGAGAGGCAGCCGGGAGGUGUGGAGAGGGAGGCAGAGGGUGUUUGUUGGUUGGUGGGGGUGGGAACCCUGCGUGAUCUGGGAUGCAACUCUGGACAGUCUGGCAUGGAAAAGCCGAGGUACCGGAGCGAGCUUGUUGACGCAUAAUCCCACCCGCCCCGCUGGCACAGGGAGGAGGGAAAUCUAGCCUAAACUCAAAUCCUUCAGAAGAGAUUUACGGAGCUGCCGCUGCGGGUUCAAGCUUGCAGAAGACGCAACAUUGCUCUCAUUUUUUUCUCUCUCUCUACCACCUCCGCAUGUUAUCUGGUGACUAUCUACUAUUUUAGCACAUUUUUUUCUUUUUUGGAUACUUGAACCAGAAGACCAAAUGCGCAGUAAUACGAAUUAGGCUGUAACCCCCCCCCCCCCCAAAAUAAAAAAAUAAAAAACCUUCAACUGGCACCGACACGAUCUCUCUUCUCUGGAUUGAUACGGCGCGGACAGGACCAGCCUCACAUAUCCCAUACGUCCCCUCUCGUCAUCCCAGGUAGUAUUUGAUCUCGAUCCGUGCGUGUCGAUUGUAUACCGGGGAUCCGGAGAAACGAUGACAGGCCCCCCGCUGGUCCCUCGGCCCGCCUGCUGACGGUACCGGGCAGGAUGGGAGCAGGUCUGCCGCUAUUAGGAUCUCGAACCAGCCGAUUCAUCAAUGGAGGAGGAGAGUGACACCCGGAAAAUUAACAACAGCUUCCUUCGCGACCACAACUAUGCAACCGAAGCUGACAUUAUCUCAACGGUGGAGUUUAACUCAACGGGGGAGCUGUUGGCCACCGGGGAUAAAGGAGGAAGAGUGGUUGUCUUCCAGAGGGAGCAGGAGAGUAAGACGCAACCCCAUCGCCGAGGCGAGUACAAUGUUUACAGCACAUUCCAGAGUCACGAGCCCGAGUUCGACUACCUGAAGAGUCUGGAGAUCGAGGAGAAGAUCAACAAGAUCAAAUGGCUGCCUCAGCAGAACGCAGCAUACUUCCUGCUCUCCACCAACGACAAGACCGUGAAGCUGUGGAAGAUAAGCGAACGGGACAAGCGACCGGAAGGAUACAACCUGAAGGAUGAGGACGGACGGUUCCGGGACCCGUCCACCAUCACCACGCUGCGGGUUCCCGUGCUGCAGCCAAUGGAUUUGAUGGUGGAGGCGACAGCCAGGCGUGUCUUCAGCAACGCCCACACGUACCAUAUCAACUCCAUCUCCGUCAACUCCGACCUGCAGACCUUCAUCUCCACCGAUGACCUCCGGGUGAACCUGUGGAACCUGGAGAUCACCGACCGCAGCUUCAACAUCGUAGACAUCAAGCCAGCCAACAUGGAGGAGCUGACAGAGGUCAUCACCUCGGCCGAGUUUCAUCCCCAGCAGUGUCACACCUUCGCCUACAGCAGCAGCAAGGGCUCCAUACGCCUCUGUGACAUGAGGCAGGCGGCGCUCUGCGACAAGCACUGCAAAUACUUCGAAGAGCCGGAGGAUCCGUCGACGCGGUCCUUUUUCUCAGAAAUCAUCUCAUCCAUCUCCGACGUAAAGUUCAGCCACAACGGGCGCUACCUGAUGACAAGGGACUACCUCACUGUCAAGGUGUGGGACCUCCAGAUGGAGAACAAACCACUCGAAACCUACCAGGUUCACGACUACCUGCGGGGCAAACUUUGUUCUCUGUACGAGAACGACUGCAUCUUCGACAAGUUUGAGUGUGUCUGGAAUGGAUCGGACAGCGUCAUAAUGACGGGCUCCUACAACAACUUCUUCCGAAUGUUCGACCGGAACACCAAGCGGGACGUCACGCUGGAGGCCUCGAGAGAGAACAGCAAACCCCGAGCGAUCCUGAAGCCUCGCAAGGUGUGUGUAGGUGGGAAACGUCGCAAGGAUGAGAUCAGCGUAGACAGCCUGGACUUCAGCAAGAAGAUCCUCCACACGACGUGGCAUCCGCAUGAGAACAUCAUCGCCGUGGCGGCCACCAACAACCUCUACAUCUUCCAGGACAAAGUGAACUAAGAAAAAGAAAAAAAGACAGUCUGCCCCAAAUUAUGAAACCUCCCAGGACCCAAACAUAAUGUGAGGGGCUGCUGUCUUAAAUCCUCCCCCUGCGCCCCCCAAAAAGCCCCCGACUCUACUUUAAGAGAGUCCUGUGUCCAGACACUGAUGUGAGAAAGUGGACAGUGAAACGGACAGAAUUCGAGGAAAAGGCUUCAUUUCAAGAAAAUGACUCCUAAUUUAAUUUAUUCAGCCAUGCAGACAACAGAAGGAUCGAAUCCCGUGCGUUUUAUGCAACACGAAGGACCGCUGCAUGAAUAAUUUUAUGUAGCAGCCCCCUGGACCCCGAAGAAACAGGCGGACAGGGGAGCGGUGAAUUUUCAAACAGAGCACAGAGACAGAAAGCCAACUCACGUGAUGGUGGCUCUUCUUCUUGUAGCGUCGGCGCCCGAUCCCUCUCUUCCCCCAACCCCGGCGUUUCCGCCCGCUCCAGCUGCAGCGCAUGCGAUGGACCCUGCGGCCUCCUACUGAGGUCGAGCACGGGACAACGCAGAAAGAAGAAGAAGAGACUGUUAAUAAUGCUUGACCCCCCCAGAAACUGCACGCAGCACGGUCAGUCUCACCGGUUUUCCCGUCUCCUUACUGAGACCUCUGUAGUCUGCGACGCGAAUGAAGCCCUUCCAGGCGGCGCGAGUCGAUGGUUUUUGUUUAAAGCCGCUCGUUUCGUCCUUCUCUCGGUUGGUGAGUCUGUGUAGAAGCUGUGGUGCCUUCUUUUGGUAUGUGGGGCUUCGAUGUAAUUGGGUGUGGGAGGGAGGGCAAGGGACUGUGUGAAUGUUUUAAAUUAAAUGUUAACUUAGGGUGUUUUUUUGUUUUUGCUUGUUUUGUUUCUGUUUCUCCCUCUCUUUCUUAACCAAUGAAAAUGAGCGUAAGAACAAAAAGGCUUCGUUAAGAUCGCAAAUGGACAAAGUUUUGCAAGUAACAACAAGGAGGAGAAGACGCUGUGUUUUGUACAGAGGAACCGCUGUGUGUUGGAUGUUCGCGAUUGCUCAGAGAAACGACAAAAGCCACAACUUUUUCCUUUUUCGAGAUUGUUACUUUUAAAAAAAUAAAACUGAACUCUUUGCUAUAUGUUGCCCUGUUUGGAUGGCGCUGAAAAUGAUUUGUAGGCAAAAUGAUCACAAAAAUGUUCAGCUUUAUGAUUUCAUAGGACCUUAAAGUAGACCAUGUGGGCGUCACAGUGCCACACUAGCUUCGUUUGCAUGUGCUGGAUGUGAAUCUGUUGAAACUGGCAGAUCAUUUGAGGCACUGCGCCAUGAAUGUUUUUAGUUGUUUUUGUUUUUUCUCCCCCAAAAGAUGUCAGCUAAAGUCAGUUUUGUAUGAGAUCGUUCCGAUACUUGUGCAUGUUUGUCCUCUGGGUGAAGAUGGGGCAACGAGGAGCAGCAGCAGCAGGUCGUCUCGCAGAAAUCGGCUUGGAACCUUCUCCGGUUUCGGUGCAAAACGGUCAGAAGCGUAUGUGGACUCUGUAAAAUCAGGGAAUAUUUAUGUGUGAGUCUGUUUAACGGUGAUAUCUUCUAAACCGCCCCUCCUUUGUGACACUUCUUAUUGAAACAAACCAACUUUUAUAGCUCAGAAUGUAUCAAAAUGCAUUGAAUUACCAUGCAGUCUUUAUGCUUACUGGACUUACUUUGAAUAAAAAAAAAAGAAAAAGAAUAAAGAUUUGCAAGCUGAA